AUGAGAGCAAGGCUCUGCAAGGCUGAUCAAGGCCCUACACGACGCGACGCGACGCGCAUCUUGUCGCAUUUGAUCUCGACUACACUCUCUGGGACUUGUGGAUCGACACACACGUUACAGGCGCGACCCCUCAAACGACCCGGUGACGCGAUCAACAAGGUCGUGGACAAAUACGGAGAGCCCAUUUCGUUCUAUAGGGACGUGGCGGGUAUUCUUCAUGGCCUCAGAGGACGCUCUUUACCCGGAGAAGGAAAUAACGUGGAUGGGAAGGUCGUUGUUGCGGUGUGUUCGAGGACUCAUGCUCCCGAUCUUGCACGACAAUGCCUCCGACUGUUGCUCGUUCCACCGAAAGAAGAUGGCACCAUGAAUUCUCAACCUCGACCAGCUGUAGAGUAUUUUGACGAAUUCGAAAUCUACCCUAGCUCGAAAUUGAAGCAUUUUAGGGCACUUCACGACAGAACUGGGAUACCGUACACCGAGAUGCUUUUCUUUGACGAUGAACACCGCAAUUCAGAGGUCGAGAAGCUUGGUGUUACGUUUGUGCACGUUCCUCAAGGGCUGACCCACAAGGCGUACGAAGACGGGUUGAAAGAGUGGAGACGACGAAGAGCGAACGACCAAUAG